AUGAAUCWUCAUCCACUUCCGUCAUGGAGUCACAAUUCCGAUUGUUGCUCCUGGGACCAUGUUAGUUGCAGCAAAACCAGAACCGUCACCGAGCUCCACCUAUCCAACAUCACACAUACAUUGGACAAUCCGACCGCGGUGUUCUUUCAUGUCUUGACUCCGCUUUUCCAUAUCCGAUCAUUGAAACUACUUGAUAUCUCAUGGAAUUGGUUUGUAGGCGAUAUCCCAGGAGAUGGGUUUGGAAAUCUCACCCAACUGGUCCACCUUGACAUGAGUAAAAACGAGUUUAAGGGAUCCAUUCCCUACCAACUUUUUGGGUUAACGAACUUAUGUUACCUGGACAUGAGCUUAAAUAGGUUCGAGGGAAACUUUCCACCUGAAUUUUGGAAUUUGACUUCUCUUCGAGUUCUUCAUCUAAGAGACAAUGGGUUUAAUGGUAUUUUAAGCCCUGAAGUUGGUAAGCAUCAAAAUCUUGAAACGUUGCAACUUGAUGGUAAUUAUCUUACCGGAAACAUCCCAGAAGAGACUGGAAAUCUGACGAAGUUAAGAGAGCUUUCCCUUCAACGUAAUCAGUUCUCUGGUAGAAUCCCUUGUUCGAUUGCCAACAUGAAAGACUUGGAAAUACUUGAUUUAUCUAAUAACUCAUUCUCCAUGCAAAUUCCAAGUGGCAUAGGGAGCCUGCCCAACAUGACCACACUUGUCCUGCACAACAACCAGUUAACGGGUCCGAUACCAUCAUCGAUCCAAAACUUGAGCAACUUACGAACCCUUCUUCUCCAAGAGAACAAGCUAACUGGAGAAAUCCCAACUUGGAUAUUCAACAUCACAACAUUGAAGAGUUUGUUCCUUGGUGGUGGAAAAGGAAACAAGUUGAUUUGGAAUGACAAAGCAAAGAUUGUUCCAAGAUGUAACCUAACCCAUAUCUCUAUGCCUUCCUGUGAAAUUUCUGGCCAAAUUCCUGAAUGGAUUUCAACACAAAAGGUCUUGUAUUAUCUUGAUUUAAGCAUGAAUCAAUUGGAGGGAAGAUUCCCAUAUUGGCUCACCGAAAUGGACGUAGGACGCAUCAUCCUAUCCAACAACAACCUCACUAGAUCUAUCCCACAUCGCUUAUUUGAAUCUACAAGUUUAUAUUUUCUUACAUUGUCCAAGAACAAUUUUUCUGGGAAGUUGCCAGACAACAUCGGCAACGCCACAUUCAUGAGUGUGCUUAUGUUGUCAAGAAAUAAUUUUUCCGGACAAAUUCCAAUAUCCAUGUCCAACAUGCACGAACUCAUCAUUCUUGACUUGUCUGGAAACAAAUUUUCAGGYCACAAUCYCCMUGUUUCUAGCAAUAAUCYURRAUUGUAUUACUUAGACUUGUCAUACAACGAGUUCUCUGGUAACAUCCCAACCACUUUUCCUAUAAAUACCGUAGUUCUUUGUUUGGGUGGGAAUAAGUUUUCUGGCAAGCUGCCUUGGAAUYUUACUAAAUUGGUYAAUCUUSSACACCUCGAUCUUCAUGAYAAUGAUAUUACAGGAUAUUUCGGAGAUGCUCUUCCUGAAAGCCCAAAUCUUGAAGUUCUAGUUCUUAGAAACAAUUCCUUUGAAGGAUCUAUCCCAACAACAAUCUCCAACUUCACUAAUCUUCGAAUCCUUGAUCUCUCUGAGAACAAGCUAACAGGCUACAACCUCGUGUGUUUCUCGUAA